AUGCAAGAAGCACCCCAGCAGCCGACAUAUGUGCCGAAACUACACCAAAUUCCGAUCGGCAUUUGGAACGAGGUUGAAGACGAACAAUAUACGAAGCAGCCUGACGAGCCCAUGGCGGAGUUUGACGCGGAAGUGCCUAUCCGCAGUGGGAAAGAUAGCGAGGCGGCAUUGAUGGUUUUGACGAAGAGACGAGCGGAGAUCAGGGAUGCACGCAGCGUCUCCAGCCUGCGAUUGCUCUUUACAGUUUACGAGCUGGCGUUUAGGAAUGGAGGAAUUGAGGAGAGCAACGUGGGGAAGAAGACGAGAAAAUGGGAACGGUUCCCCAUGCUGAAAUGA